ACGGAGGAAGUGCCUUUCCUUCCUCCGUGGGUCACAGGCAUCUUUGUGGAGGAGGCGUUAGCUAAACGACUUCAAAAUGGCCGCCUAGUUCAUGUUCGCGUGUGCACUUGUGUUGUGAAGGAGACACUGGUGUUAAGUGGCUGUGGUCUGGGAAUUCGUCACUGUGUAUGGUGUGUGCGACUGUGACCACAAUGAACAGCGACUCUUCUGUUUCGAAGGCGUUGGCGUCGCUGACCGAGACGUACACCGAUUCUGAAGGCGAGCUCGACUCGGAGCCGGAGACCACCACCGAGCACAAAAGCGUUGAGAGCACGCCGAAUUCGCAGAGUGGAGUGCCGCUCGUCUCGUACCAGGACGAGGACGAGGCGGCGGGCGAGGAGGAGCCCGGCCAGGUCCUGUACGUGCGUCCCGAGUCGCCGGUCUCCUUCCACCGCUGCCUUCAAAGCCUGGGUCCGAACGGCGUGUUCCUGCCGCCCGAGCCACCGGGACACUGCGCGCCGGCUCUGCAGGAAAAGAUCGCGCGCCUCUACGAGCGCAAGGUGCGCGACGGGCGCGACAUGAAUGCGUCGAUCCAGAUGCGCAAGGACUUCCGCAACCCUAGCAUCUACGAGAAGCUGAUCGCCUACUGCGGCAUUGACGAGCUGGGCACAAACUACCCGCCGGAGACGUACGACCCGCACAGCUGGGGCCCGGACUCGUACUACGAGGAGCUGUCGCGGCGCCAGAAGGAGGAGAUGGACAAGCGCGAGCGCGAGAAGAAAACUAAGGUCGAGUUUCUCACCGGCACGGCCAAGAAGGCCGAGCCGCGCAAGAGUAAGUGGGACGUCGGGGGCACGCAGCCCGUGCUCGGCGUCGCACGGCCGCUGGUCCUGGCCACUAGGCCCACCGUCAUCUCCGCCUUCGGCACACUGCCCAAGAAGGCUCCCAAGCCGUGACUAACCUUUCUAGCCGUGUGGAAGGGGCCGUCGUUCGUGCAACAUUCCGUGAGAAGAUGUUGCCGUUUAUUAUUGUGCUACAUCUGUGGAUAAACACCACAGUGCCCUUCGUGGACAGGCGUAAUGGAGAAGUUAAGACAGUGCAUGUGUGUUUUUCAUAUAUGUUAAAUUUUAUUGACAGACAUGAACAGCAUUACAUAAUGGUUUGUAAGCAAGCAGUAAAACCAAUUGUUAAUCCAUGAAUGUAAGAGUUGUGUUCUCGAGGGGUUGGAGGAAGACCGAGAGACAUCACUUUUCAAACGAGGGAACGAUCAAUACAUUUAUUAUUCUGCCAUGUUUUUCUUCCCUCCCCAUCGAACCCCUGUAGCCGUCCUAGCCUUCCUAGUGGCAGAGUCCCAACUAAAGUUUCUAAAACUGAAGUAGCGCCAACCACGUCCUUUCGCCUCUGCCUCUCUCAGCAGCAGCAGCGCCCCUUGAGUGCUUAGCAGGAAACUGCGGCAUACCCUUUCUUAUUGAACAGGGGAGGGUAAGCCAAUGUCAUCGUUGAAGCAAAAGAGAACAUGUGACUGAGGACAGACAAGAUAGUGCUUGCACUACCAAGGCUACCAAGCUCCAUGGAGUUUGCCUAAGUUAACUAGAGGGGACCCUGGCGCUGUGUUUGUUUAGCAACCGUGUGUUGUACACGGAUUUGCUUAGUCUUCUUACUUGCGGGUGGUGAAUCGUACUUGUGGCUUCAUUUAAUGUUGUGUUUUAGUUUUGUUUUAAAGGGACUGCUGACCGCUCGGAAAAAAUUUCCGACUGUAGUGCAAAUAGAAAGAUCGUUCAUCACAUCGGCUGCAACGAGCAUGCUUUCAUGCCAUAAAGAAGGAAUUAUAAUUUUAGCUUGAUGUUGAAAGUCGAUAAGAAGUGACCACUAGUGCCACCCUACAGCAAAUGUGGUCAAUCUUGACAGGACUGUUGGUAGGACAAGAAAUCCUCGCAGGAAGAUUUAGUUGGCUUGAAACAGACACGUAUAACUUGAAAAUUGUAAUUUAUGCACUUGAGGCUGCUUUAGGUUGUGCCAGUCUAACUUUUGCUUUUUUUUCCCUCGCACAUUCAAAUAGCCGCUCGGUAAUGCUGCUGGCAGUGUGUUCGCUUGCUUGCAUGCCUGCUUACAAACGAUGGAGAAACGCGAGCACAGUGUCCACCGCCGGUUCUGAAAACAACAAAAUUGUGUGUGCGUGCCUAAAAUGACCACUACGGUAUUUGUUUUAUUAAUAAACAAAACUUGAUGAAACCUGCAAAAA